AUGGCCGUGUUCAGAGAUCCUAAACCCGAGGGAGGCAAGAAGAAGCGCAAGAGGAAGGCUGCUGAGGCCGCCAAGGAGGAAGUUCAGCUUGAGGACAAGUACAUGCAGAAGGUGUUUGCCGAUAACGUGAAGGAGGUAUCGAAGAAGCAGAAGGUUGAGGACAAGAAGACUGAGGAAAAUGUUGAAGAGGAGGUCACGAAAGAGGACGUUUCUGCUGAGGAAGACUCGGAUGAUUCUGAUCAGGAGAAGGAGGAUGGUGAGGAGAAUUUCGUGCCACCCGUGCACGAGGCGGUCGCAAAACCCAAGGGUGAGGUCGAGAAGGCCGCCAGAACCGUCUUUGUCGGUAAUCUCCCGGUCAAGACCAUCAGCUCGAAACCCGACUACAAAAUCCUUAAGGGCAAGUUCGCUGAAUGCGGUAAGAUCGAGUCCGUUCGUUUCCGCUCUGUCGCAUUCUCAGAGAUGUUGCCUCGCAAGGUUGCUUUCGUCCAGGGUAAGCUCCACCCUGAACGUGAUACCGUCAACGCAUACAUCGUCUUCAAAGAGGAGAAGGCGGUACGUGAGGCUUUGAAGCUUAACGGCCAGGUCCUUCUUGACCACCAUAUCCGUGUUGACUCCGUUGCUCACCCUGCACCCCAUGAUGCCAAGCGCGCUGUCUUUGUCGGUAACCUAGCAUUCGACGCGCAAGAAGAGAUGCUUUGGAAGCACUUUGCCAAGUCUGGAGAGAUCGAGUACGUCCGCAUUGUCCGUGACCAGAAGACCAAUAUUGGAAAGGGUUUCGCCAUCGUCCAGUUCAUGGAGAGGGAUCAUGUCGACAAGGCGCUCUUGCUGAACGACAAGAAGACUGAGGGCAAGGGUGCUCGCAAGCUCCGUGUCUGCCGCGCCAAGAACCUGUCUCGCCGUCGUCCUAAGAAUGCAUCUGGAUACGUUGAGAAAAAGGACGAGAAGCAGAAGUCUGCGGAGGGCCGUGCGCAGAAGAUCCUUGGUAAGGCUGCGGCUGCUCAGGUCAAGAAGGGCAAGACCGCGAUUGUCUUCGAGGGUGAGCGUGCAAAGAGAAAUGACAAGACGAACAACAAGAAGAAGCCCAGAAUCAGGAGCAGGACUACAGAGUGGAAGAACAAGAAGCCUGCGGCUGACAGGCCCGAGAAGAAGACUUCUAGCAAGAAAUAA